AUGGAGUACCAAAAGGAGUGGCUGGCUUGGUCAUUAAAGCAAGAAACUAUAUUCAAAGGGGGUAUUCUUGCUGAUGAAAUGGGUAUGGGGAAGACGGUUCAAGCCAUAGCACUUGUUCUUGCUCAACGCGAAUUAAAGAAAGCAACUAGUGAUUCCAGUAUAUUGUCGUCUUCACUCGGUACUUCCCAGGAGCUCCCAACAGUAAAAGGAACUCUUGUUGUGUGUCCUUUGAUUGGAGCAUUGCAAUUGAUUCGUGAGAUUGAACGUUGCACCAUUAAAGGAAGCAACAAAACUCUUCUUUAUCAUGGCGCCGAUAGGGAGAAAUGUAAGUACAAACAGGAGGAAUAUGAUUUUUUCAUUACUACAUACUCCACUAUCCAGGCUGACUAUAGGCCAAAAAGGAAAAAGCAGAACAGCAGUGUUGGUGAAGAUGUGUCCAGGAGGAAGUCAGUUCUGCAUUCAGUGAAGUGGGAUCGUAUCAUUUUGGAUGAGGCAAGUCAUACAUUCAUAGAUUCAUGCAUUAAGUUUUUUGUUUUUGUAACUUGGCAUUUCCAAGCUCAUUGUAUCAAAUCUGUACACAGCAACUCCACAAAAGCGGUUCUUGCUUUAGAAUCUUUUUAUAUGUGGGCGGCCUUAACUGGUACACCCCUGCAAAACCACAUUGGAGAAUUGUACGCAGUUGUUCGUUUCUUACAAGUUACCCCUUAUGUUUGUUACUUUUGCGAAAAUUGUAAUUGCACUGGACUUGAUUUUAGCUUCUCCAAUGCAUGCCCACAGUGCUCCCACCAACCUGCAAGCCACUUCCUCUGGUGGAAGAAAUAUAUUGAAGAACCUUCAUGGUCAUACGAUGAUGAAGGUAGAGAUGUGAUGGUGUGGUUGAAGCACAAAAUUCUGAAAAGCCUAUUGCUAAGACGUACCAAAAAAGAGAGAGCUGUUGAUCUUGCACUUCCCACAAAGACUGUUACAGUGAGAAAACAUUCUUUGGAUGAUAGAGAAUACGACUACUACAAGACACUGUGCCGUAGAAGCCAAGCACAGCUCGAUAUAUUUGUCCAGGAUGGAAAUGUGAUUAAUAAGCAUGGUCACAUAUUUGUAAUGAUCACACGCCUACGGCAGGUCAUUUUAUAG